AGCUGUCAGACCCAGAGAGCGCAUUCCUGCUGCUUCUUACUUGUGCGUGGUGACCAUGGAGUCGUCCAUGAGUUUUACAGCAGGAUGUCAUUUCCAAAGUCAGUGCGCAACGAAGGAUGCCGUUCAAUUAACGAACUGAAGAGAUGGGACGCCGACGGAUUGUGUGAAUAUGUGCUCCGCGAUGAAGUGGCGCAAGUGGUGACUGCCAACUGACAAGACGCAGAAGUUGUCUUAUUUGUUUUUCUUCUGCUCUGGAGACAGUGGACACUUCAGCCACUUUUAACGACUUCAACAAUCAGAAAGGACGGAACGCAAAAUCUAUUAGAAAACCAUGCACUGUUCAUAUCCAUGGAGAGAUGGCAUGCGUGCUCCUCUUCAGUCGAAUCCUUCCCUUCUCACACCGGCUCACAAGAACAUCCAUUUGCUUAUUGUCGCUUUUCCUGUCUUAUGUGUGCUACUGUGCGCUAUUCCCUGCCGAUACCGCCAUGCAAAAGCCAGGUGAUCCGACGCCCAGCUGUCAGCGCGUCCUGGCCGAUGGAGCCAAAAGGCGCAUUCAGAAAUCACCGUCGUCCUGCGUUUUGCCGUUGGACGCGAGACCGAGCAGCGAUGAGGCAUCUCGGCCGAAAACCGACCAAAGACCCCCCUCGACUCUCCACGUCGACACGCCCAGUCCUCCAAUGGGCAACUUAAAGUUCGGCAAUAAAAAGUUACCGAACGCCAUCAUAGUCGGUGUGAAAAAAGGAGGCACCAGAGCGGUUUUGGAGUUCAUAAGGAUCCAUCCGGACGUGCGAGCGGCCGGCACCGAGACGCACUUCUUCGACAGGAACUAUGACAGAGGCCUGGAGUGGUACAGAGGUUUAAUGCCAAGGACUCUCGAAAGCCAACUCACGAUGGAGAAGACACCAAGCUACUUUGUGACAAAAGAGACGCCGCACCGGAUCUCCGCCAUGUCCCGAGAUACCAAGCUCAUUGUGGUGGUGCGUGACCCCGUCACUCGUGCAAUAUCUGAUUACACUCAGACUUUAUCCAAAACCCCCGACCUACCGAGCUUCCAGGAUCUGGCCUUUAGAAACCAGAGCCUGGGCAUUGUGGACACGUCCUGGAACGCCAUUCGGAUCGGCCUGUACGCUCUGCACCUUGAAAACUGGCUCCGCUACUUCCCUCUGGCUCAGAUCCACUUCGUGAGCGGGGAGCGUCUUAUCACGGACCCGGCAGGGGAGUUGGCUCGGGUGCAAGACUUCCUUGGUCUAAAGCGCAUUGUCACAGACAAACACUUCUAUUUCAACCGCACCAAGGGCUUCCCCUGCCUUAAGAAGCCGGAGAGCAGCGGCUCGCCUCGCUGCCUGGGCAAGUCCAAGGGCAGAACUCAUGUGCAGAUAGACAGAGACGCUAUUGAGCAACUGCGAGACUUCUAUAGACCUUACAAUGUCAAGUUUUAUGAAAUGGUGGGUCACGAUUUCAAGUGGGAGUAGAGGUUUGAGAGAUAUUUCUAAAUGGCACAAGAAAGAUUAAUGUAUUCCACAAAACUAAAGAUGGUUUGCCUGCAUUAAUAUGACAUGGUUAAGCCGGAUAGCUAACUAUCAAUUUUUGGGUGAAACUGCAAAAAGCGGCAUUAUUUUUUUUUAAGUGACGCUAAUGAACAUAGCUAAAUCUAAGAUGACAUUGCUUAUGCGCUGGUAAUGAUCAGCCAGCAUCGGCAUCCUGUUUGUUGCCGGAUACAGACAUCAUUUCAGCCUCAGGAUCACAUGAAUUCUUUUUCCUGUGUGCUAUUGCUGACUAGAUUCCCCAUUUGCUGACUGUUUAUUUGAAAAAAAAAGGGAAAUUCCAGGGAAUGGGAUUAGUUCCUCUUAAAACCUGCUUCACUAAUCACGGCAGGGCUCGAAAGCAAGACCUUGGAAAAUGUCAGUGAAGUCUUCAGGGAGAGCAGAAUUAAGCUGCAGCACUGUGGUGGUAAAUCUGAAAUGUAAAGCCAUAACACAAGUGUGAACCACCUAAUAUCACAUACUGUUGGUCUCAUCAGUUUCUAUACAGGGUGGGAGAUUUUCUGUGUCCUUCUUUCCAGCAUGCAUCGGGUAAGUUAGUAGAUGCCGUAACAUGCAGCACUUCACUUUGUUCUCUGUGCUUUCUUUGCAAAAACAAAACAUGUUUAUAUAUUUUUUACAAAGCUAUUUAAUCGGUACCUUUGCCACAAUGCUUCUCCGUGAACUUCAUUGAAUGAAACAGAAGCACAAACACAUUUUUUUAUUUUGUCUUAUCUGAAACUAUGACCUUGAUGUUGAAUCCCUUGUUCCGUCCUUGAAUGAGAACCUCUUGGAAAAUGGUGGAUUGUGUACUAUACCUCCCUUUUCAUGUCUAGUCUGUAGAAUUAUUGUUUCCAGCAGAUUAGACCGCUGACAGCUCUUACAUCCGUCGCCGGCGUUGCUUCUGAAAACGCACCCUUUGAGGUUUAUUUGCAUUCUGUAAGGUUCGUUGUGUGCCUCGGCAUAGGUGGAUGAGUGGGCGUAUAGGUGUAAGGAAUAUCAACCACUUUUCAAAGACAAAGCAGGGAACAUCUAGUCGUGGCAGGUUAUCAAAUAGAAUCUGGGACUGCAUGUCACGUGAUUGCAUUGAAAAGUUUGGAUUUGGCUAUACACUGUCUGAGUUGGAGCCAGACUGAUACAAUACUGUAAACACAAAUGGGAAAAUCACUUUGUGAUGCACAAACAGGGACAUAGGAGAUUGUCUUGUUGUUUCAAGCAGUGCGUCGUAAAUGAUUUCGGAACUCAAUUUCCACAUCACACAUCGUGGUGGUACAGGCAACGCUUCAGAUUGCACUUUAAAUUGAUGCUUGAAAUUAAAGUGUUAUUAUUUACUAUACAGGGCACCACUCUUUUACCGUAGGUAAAAGAGGAAAUGUUAAUAGUUUAGCCUGUGAGCAGAAUGCUAAACUAUUAGCAACAUUUGCUCACAGCCCGGUCUCACUCCCAACCCGCUGGGUCAGUGCCAGUGCAGCUUACUGUAUGGUAUGAAGUCCAUGCACAUGCACUAGUUCUAGGUCCGUUCUGAAUGUACAUUUUUGACCUAAUUAUUCCCUCUGCUUUUUCCCUAUUACAUAAUCAGUAAGUAUUUCAGCAAUGAUUAUAUCAGUAUCAUUAGAUUUUAAGCAGAUAGUGGCAGAGCAUACAGCCUGAGAGGGUUCACUAUAAGUACAGACAUACAAAACAGCAGAAACUUACUCAGCAUUUUGUCUUUCAAUAUCACAAGUAAUGGACGUUGGAACAUUGAACUCUGAGAAUGUGUUUCCUUAAUAAUAAUGAUUUCGCUCCCAAUGAAAUGCAGGACAUGAUGGUCCUCUGUGUUAUCUACAUACCUCAGAAGUCUAGUGCUUGUAUCUGUUUGGACAGUACUUCAUCUGAAGCACCAUUGAAAUUCGUGUGUAACACUUUGAAGAUUUCUUGGUGUUUGACACCCAAAUAAAGAGGAGCUUGGGAAGCCUAAAAUCUGCUCUUGUUUUCACUCCGCUGUACGUUCACACUCUCUCCUCGUUCUUUGCAUCAUUUGCUCACAUUGUUAAGAGAAAGAUCAUGCUCCA